CAUCCACGCCCUUCUGCGUUUCCUCGGAACCAAACCCCAAAUCACCCCAUCUAAAAAAACCCAAAUCACCCGUCCGCAGCAACAAGACGCCGCCGCCGCCGCCGUCCGCCAUGGGGACGGAGGUGGCUCCCGUGGUCGACCUUGCCGCGCUCUCCCAGUCGGAGCUUGUGGCUCUCGCGGCUUCAUCGCCCUACGCUAUCGACCGCCGCCGCGGUCGGCGCGACGCCGACCUCCUCCCGCCCCCUAAGAUCGAUCGCGCCGUCUUCAACGAGAGCGCGGGCUCCCGCAAGCAGACCUUCUCCCGACACCGCGUCGCCACCAAUAUCUCCCACAACUUGACCCCUAGCACCGCCUCCUCCUCCACCGCCGCCCCCACCGAGGCGGACUCCGAGAACCGCCUCAUCUUGUUCCACCUCCAGCGGCUCUUUGCGCGCGAUGACCCCUCCUACCCGUCACCACCGUCGAUUCCACUCCAGCAACAAACCCUAACCGCACCCACAAUAGCUCUCCCCGCGCCCCCCGACCCCUCCCCGCCGAUCCUGGACCCCGACCGGGAGCUGAUGAAUCCGACGGGGUUGGCAGUUGAUUUGGGCAGGCUCGCGGAGUUGGUGGAUCCGUAUGGGGAGGAGAUACGGAAGCGGACUGAGGGACUGAGUCUGGAGUCUGAGCUGCUUGGUUUCAUGAAUGGGCUGGAGGGGCAGUGGGGGAGCCGGAGGCGGCGGAGGAAGUUUGUGGAUGCCGCUGUGUUCGGUGACCACCUGCCCUGUGGGUGGAAGCUAAUCCUUGGGAUCAAGCGGAAGGAGCGUGCUGCCUGGAUCAAUUGCCGACGUUAUGUUAGCCCCAAAGGACUUCAGUUUGCUAGUUGUAAAGAAGUUUCUAACUAUUUCAUGUCACUUCUUGGAUAUUUGGGGACAAAGCCAACUACUGUCCAGAGCAAUGUAGGAGUGCAUGAGUUGAGUGCUGAUAAUUCUGUAGGUCUGAACCAACAAAUUGAUUCAACUGAGGAAAAACGGAGUGUGGUACCAGCUACUUCUGUUACAUUGUCCAUUCACAGUGGUGAUUCCCAGGUGCAUAGACAAAAAUCUUAUAAGGAUGAAACUAGGAUAGAAGCAGCCAAGAAAGAGUGCAAAAAAUGCAAUUUGACUUUUCAGAACCAGAGUGGCUAUGUGCAGCAUCAGUUGUCCUUUCACCAAAGGAAAGCUAAAAGGCGCAGGAUUAAUAAACCUGUUGAAAUGGGAGUCGGCAAAGAUGGGAAGCUUGAGACUCAGGAAUGCCAGAGGGCCCUUGAAGAUAAACAUGGUUAUUUCGGGCGUGACGUUACUGAUGUCAGAAGUCAUGGUCAGAGUCCAGCAGAACUGUUUGAUGGAGCAUCUUUAGAAAAGCUGGAUGCUCAACCGUCCUCGUGUGCAGUGUCAUGUGGGUUGCCAGAGAUGACUGGCUUACCUGAACAAGAUGAAGAACCUGCUGCCGGAGAGCCUUUCUCUGGGCAUCAUAAGGACCUUCCCCAGGAUAUUACUGGCUUACCUCAACAGGAAAAAGGAACUUCUGGUGGAGAUAUUUUCUUUAGGCAACUUAAGGAACCUGUCGACAAUUCUGGUGACCAUAAAAUCCUUGAUGGAGCAUGUCUUGUUGCUGAAGAGUCUCCUACUUUUGUUGUAGCAAGCAAGCUUAGUACAUGUAAAUCUGCAGAAGUUCAUGAGCAUGCCAGCUCAGAAGAUCUAGAUUUUCCCAGCUCAGAUCACUCUGAAAGUUACAGCAGGCGUGAUGAAACAUGUCUCAUACCUCAACAGGUUCCACCUACUACAGAUGCUCCAGGUGAAAGCAAACAUGCAGAUGAUCCAAUGGACUAUACGGUUACUACACAAUUAAAACAAGUUGCUGAGCACUGUGAUCUACUGGAUCGCAAAGUUAGCAGUUUUCCUGGAGAAACUACUUUUAACGACCAAGUGGAAAAUAACGCACUGUCUGCCAACUUGGAUGAGCCUGAUCUUAAUUCCAUUGCUAUGGAGGUAGAUGAUGGCAAGAUAGCUUGUAACUUUGGGGGUGUGGUCCAUCCUACUAUCUCUGAAUAUGACAAACCUGUUGAGGAUCAGAUAGAUUGUGGAGUGAAAAAUGAUGAGAUCAACAGUGAUGUCAGAAUAAGGGAUGUCAAUCUCAAUUCAUGUUUAGAUACAAUACCUUCUCCUGUUUCUAGUGCAAAGUGUGAAACAUCUGAUGCGCUGGAUGACGGGAACAGAUCACCCAUUAUUGUCCAAUGUUUCAAUGCUACCUCUGGUGACAAUGUCUGUCAGGAUGAACAUUUUGUCAACCAGAACAAUGUUUGCAAGCCUGAAAAUUUUGUCAGCCAGAACAAUGACAUGGUGUAUCAAUCCAAUUUGACCAUGAACCCUAUCUCUCCUCAAAUUGGUGUGGAUUAUUUUACCUCUUCCUGUUCAUUGACUUCCGAGAUCAAGAACAAUGGCAACAGAUGUGAUGCUAAUGCCAAGGAACAGUUUGUGAACCCACGGAACUUAACGAGUAACGAAUCAGGUUUUGAUGCUGAAGCUUACAACAAUGACAUCUUCAAUGGUGCUAUCACAGAAAGUAGCCUUGCCCAGCUCAAUAAUGCCAUGAAUAUGAAAGCUGAUUUCUCAAGCUGCUACUCAAUAUCUGAUCUAAACACACUGACUGGUGGUACUGCAACUGAUGCAAUUGAUUUUCAUGGUAUGAGGAGUUCUUUUGUAAGUGGCUCCACCAGUCACAAUGAACCAAAUGAACAUUGCACACUCGAUUUUGAUAUCAAGGGUUCCAUGCUUGAGGCUCUGGAAAGAUCUGACAGUGACCUGGAUAAUCAGUACAAUGGUGGUGAUCCUUCUUGUGACUCACUGCCUGCAGCUGGCACAAGUGGGAGUGUCGAUGAUUUUCUGUCCAUGCACAACAAUUUUGGUAGCCUGACCUCUUUGGUUCGUGCUGUUGAAGGUGGUCCAAUGAGCAGAAUGAUUCAAGAUCAGUGCGAUUUGCAACUUGGAUUUGGUGGGCAGAAGCAGCAAAUGUAUCCUAGUUUUGAGGAGCAUCUUCGGAUGGCCUCAGCUGGAGCUCCGCAGUUUGGGAUCAUGGGCAGACCUAACCCUGUACCUGUGCCUGAGCCAACACUCAUGUUGGGCUAUGAGCCAACAUUGAUGCUAGGCUAUGCACCGCAGUUCGGGGGCUGCCCCCCCCAGCUAGGUUGGGGCGACCUCGGCGUGCUCCAAUCUGUAUGUGUAUGGUGCAACACAAGGUUCCAGCAUUUCUGCACCGCCGAGCAGCAGGCUGAUUCUGUUGGCUUCAUUUGCCCCGCGUGCAAGGACAAGACAUCUGGUCACCUUAGCAUACUCAAUAAUGGUUCAUCGCUUUAACAUUAUGUUACCAUUGCUGUUUUCGUCUUGUAUGCCGAUCUGGUGCUGACAAUGCAUCCAUUUACUGGUGAAUCCCUUGUUGCUUCUGGAAAUUAACUUGCCCAGCUUUUGCUAUCGUAGUUAUCUAUGUCUCCGGUGGCCGUUUAUUUUGGAAUGGGUGAUGUAUGAACACAUUGCGUGUUAUGAAACUAUGAAAGACGUGACCGAAUCAUUGGUUAAUUAUACAUGGUA